AUGAUGAGCCCAACAGCCAGUGACGAGAAUGAUGAUCCAAGAAACGGAGCAGAAGAGACAAGCAGUGAUACUUCAGAAAAUGGUUUUCAACCUGCACCCUGCCACGAGUUAAAAGGCAGAACCAAUUCUAAGCCUUUUGAUAUGGAAAGUUCGUCAUCCACUGAUACGUUGGACUAUGGAGACUAUGAUUAUUCCUACCCUAGCAAGUCCUCCUACAUCUGCUGCUGUUGCAAUUGGAUUAGACGAAAAACACCAACACUCGAUUGGAAAGCUCUGGCCUUGGGGCAAUUGGUCAGUUUCAGUCUCGCUUCGGCUGGAGCCGCUCUGGCAACACUGAAUCUAGACUGUCACUUGAAUGCACCAUCAUUUGUGGUAUCACUUUAUUAUUUCAUACUGUCAUGGCACGUUUUGCUUCUCUGGAAACGCAAGAGACAUCUACACCACCAACCUUUGGAUACGGAAGAGUCGUCACCCGACCUAACUUUGACAUUCAACGACGAAGUUAGUUCAACUGUGCCCUAUAAUGACCACCCGAAUGAUGUCAUAUUGCGCAAGGAAUCAUCAUCUUCCGCUGAAGAUGUAUCAUCGUCACACUCCUUCUUUGGUUUAUUCCCAAUGCACAAACCAAUGUGGCAAUACUGCAUGUUGGCCUUGAUUGAUCUCGAAGCCAAUGUGAUUACUGCUUCGGCAUUCCAAUACACCACCUUGACCUCCAUUACACUGUUUGACAAUCUUGCGAUUCCUACAGCAAUGUUAUUGUCAAGAUGUUUGUUUUCCAGAAAGUAUACGUGGAUCCACUUUGGUGGAGUCCUGAUUUGUAUGGUGGGCGUCGUCGUAAACAUGUGGCAAGACUACGACGACGAUCAAAAUAUCGAGGAACAAGAAGAGUAUCCCCACAAACUACGAGGAGAUCUUUGUGCUAUUGCUGGUGGUAUUAUGUACGGUGUGAGUAAUGUAAUGGUGGAAGUCACCAUUCGAGGAAGCAGUGAUUCGGCCGAGUAUCUUGGUAUUAUGGGGUUCUUUGGCUUCAUCCUUGCUACCAUUCAGGCUUGGAUUGUCCAUCCAGAUGAGAUCCUCGCAUUCUUUGGAUACAUGGAAUUAGAUGGAGGGGUAGCGACUUGUCACACGGAGCGAUGGUGGAUAUUAGCAGCCUAUGUGGGGUGUACUGCUUUUGCCUAUGCUGGUGCCUCUCGUUUCUUUCAAAUUUCCGAAGCUACUUUCUUUGCAUUGUCACUGUUGACAGGAGACUUGUGGUCGGUUAUCUUUUCGGUUUUCUUCGAGCAUAUCAUUCCUCAUCCACUAUUCUUCUUGGCAUUGGUGUUUGUAUUGAGUGGAAUGCUCGUUUAUGAAAUGGCACCCUCUCCUGUCCUUGAAGAUCGUUGUGCUGUGGUUUACGAUGAAGAUGCCAACGGAGGACUGAGAGGGUCAUUGCCCGUGUCUGCAAACAAUAUUCAUAUUGCUCCAUCUAGUAAUUAUGUUUCGGUGGUGGAAGGGGAAGAAGCUGACAACUCGAUCCCUAAAGGCAGAUGA